AUGAUGCGCAUGCGCUGGAAUGUCUCCCAUGUCUUCCUCUCCGCAUAUCUGGCAUUCCUCAUUUCUCGCCUCGCACCAGAUGUGCUGGCGUACGACUGGCCCAAGUCAGCGGCCUUUGCCUCGGCAUCAAAUCCCAGGCAUCCACCAAGACCCAGCUUCGUUGCUCUGAGGGCCAAGGGCUCCAAGAGGCUUGACGACGCCGCGCGCAACAACCGGGCCAAUCAGAUGAACCCAAACCACAAGCCUUCGAAGAGCAAGGCCCAAGCUGGGCCUAGGAAGAGGACGAAGGCAUGUGUGAGCCCGCUAGCAAACCGGGCGAACCAGCGCAACCCGAACAAUGACGAGCCGAAAGACAAAGUGCCUGGGCACAUCAUUGAGACUUUCCUGGCUUGUGUCCGUGCAGUCAGCGGGGGAAACUCGCAAGUUCGGAAGAAAGGCUCGCGCCGGACGGGCACAGCAAUCCGAGGGUCGGAUUUCGACUAUCACUUGGAGACACCAACUGCGCUCAGCACCGCGAAUCGUGACAAGAUCAUCGCUGCCGCCUCGAAAAGAGGCUUAAGCAUAACUUGCAAGAAGGCGUUUACGGUGCGCCACGCUGGUGGCCCAAGCAUCGACUUCUUCCCUCCCGAGGCGGAGUGGCACGAUGACGUGCAGGUCGAGGCGCCGCUUCAACCCCUAAUGGAUCAGGGGCGCAAGAACGCGAUCAGGAAGCUCAAAGCUCUGAAGGCGAAGAGGAAGGAUGCUUUGAACUGGCAGGAGACAAGCAGCAAGGAGUUGGAGGAGCUGGUGCUGCAAGUUCAACGUGAGAAGACGCUUGACAAGCAUACGGAUCCCAGUGGCGAGAGGCGGUUUUCUGAAGCGCAGCGUCGCAUUUCAGCCGGGCUAGGCUUGAAAAGGUCGGUUUCAUGA